GAGCAACUCCUUUCUUAAUUCGGUAAUCAGAAUCUAGAGAUUACGUGCUAUUGAAUCAGCCCACCUGUGUUCGUAUAUAUUCAAUCUCUUCCUCUACCGCUCUCGCCACACCAGCAAUUCCUUUCUUCUUCUUCUUCUUCUUCUUCUUCCAUGGCGUCAUUUUCACAUUUCUGGGUCCUGACGCUCUUCUUGGCCACGGUGCUGGAAGGUUCUCGAUUGGCAAGUUCUCAAUCAUAUGAUGGAGGGCGGGCCGCCCAGGAUCUGCUGUCUUUGUCGUCGGCCACCAGGAAGCUCCUCGACGACCCCACCUUAAUCGGCAAAAAUUCAGUGUUACCAGCCAGUGGGGAGUGGUGCGUACCUGCGGAUGGCGUCCCGGACCAACAGCUGCUGGCGAAUCUAAACUUCGCCUGUGCCAACGGCGCUGACUGCAUCCCGAUGCAACCGGGCCGCCCUUGCUUUGAACCCAACACCCUGCUGUUUCAUGCCGCUUACGCCAUGAACGACUACUUUCAAUACCAUGGCAGGAAUCCCCAAGCUUGUAGUUUCAGCGGCACCGGAUCGUUUACAAACAAAGACCCCAGUACCAAGAGAUGCAAAUUUCCUGGUUGAGUUGGGUUUGAAAGAUCAUUUUCUCCAAUCGAUACUAAAUAAAGAAGAAAAAGGAAAGUUACAUUGCACUAGUCAGGGUCUCCAUGAUCAUUCGGACUAUGCAAAUGUAAAAAGCUUCGUUUCUUCAUGAUUUGAUGUCAUAAAAUCUGACCUUUUGAUCUCCAAAA